UCCGGGCGGAGGGCGCUGCGCGGCCUGCGGGGCCCGGACGGGGGCUCGGGCAGGGUAACCCCUGUUGGGGUGAAGCACUUUAAUCUGAGCUUUGCUGUGCCGUGGGCCGCUGGCUGCAGGAUGAACUGUCGCUCGGAGGUGCUGGAGGUGUCGGUGGAGGGGCGGCAGGUGGAGGAGGCCAUGCUGGCCGUGCUGCACACGGUGCUCCUGCACCGCAGCACCGGCAAGUUCCACUACAAGAAGGAGGGCACCUACUCCAUCGGCACCGUGGGCACCCAGGACGUUGACUGUGACUUCAUUGACUUCACUUAUGUUCGCGUCUCCUCUGAGGAGCUGGACCGCGCCCUGCGCAAGGUUGUCGGCGAAUUCAAGGAUGCGCUGCGAAACUCAGGUGGCGAUGGGCUGGGGCAGAUGUCCUUAGAAUUCUACCAGAAGAAGAAGUCUCGCUGGCCUUUCUCAGACGAGUGCAUCCCUUGGGAAGUGUGGACAGUCAAGGUGCACGUGGUAGCCCUGGCCACGGAGCAGGAGCGGCAGAUCUGCCGGGAGAAGGUGGGCGAGAAGCUUUGUGAGAAGAUCAUCAACAUCGUGGAGGUGAUGAACCGGCACGAGUACCUGCCCAAGAUGCCCACGCAGUCGGAGGUGGACAACGUGUUUGACACGGGCCUGCGGGAUGUGCAGCCCUACCUCUACAAGAUCUCCUUCCAGAUCACUGAUGCCCUGGGCACCUCCGUCACCACAACCAUGCGCAGGCUCAUCAAAGACACUCUUGCCCUCUAGGCCUGGCUGGGGCCUUUGGGUGCUCCUUGUUGGCUCCUAGACCCCAGCCUCUGGGGCUGGCACUGUUACGUUCUUGGGGCGCUGGAACUUGCUCUGAGUCCUUGAGGAGACUUGGAAGGAGCCACCCCUGGAUGACCAAUCUCGGGUCAUCCUCUUAACCUUUGCUGACGGUCAAGUCUGGCCUGUACUGUCCUCCACACCCCCGGUGGUGGUACCCCUUCCUUCUCCACUGUAAGGAAGAGCCAUGGCUCAGAUGGCGAAUAAAGUUGAGAAUGUGAGUUUGGGUUGAGCCAGCUCCCUCUGGUGUGUGUUCUCCUGUGACACACCAAUGCUUUCUGGGAGGACAUAGGUGUGUAUUGACAUUAUUCCAGCCGGAGGGGAGUGGGCGGAUCGGAGUAAAGCUGACUGCUUUCUGCUCGGGGUGACAGUCACACAAGCGUUCCCCAUCCAGGUGGGCCACGGUGAGUCCCACGGGGGAUUAAGGUCAGUUGCUUUUGGAUGUGAGGAUGUGACUGAGCUUUCGUCUGCCUUUGUAAGGAAUCCAUGGCCUCCUGGCCUUUAGAUGACUUGGUCUUCAUGACAGCCCCAGAGAAUGUCUUCUUCGUGCUCAUAAAAUGCACACAGGCCCCUGUGUGCACCUAUGUGCGCCUGAAAAGUUAUUUCAUUGGGUGUCUUGGGAGAGAAAUUAGAGCUUGAGACUGGCAUCUGGAGACACUUCUAGGGGGAGCUAGCCCUGCCUGCACAGGUGUAGCUGUGAAAACUUGUACUCAUUUCUACACAAACAUGCUCAAGAUCAGUGAACUCCACUCUGUGCUUUUAAUUGAUUCAUUCC